UGUGUAAUUACUGUUUUAUUUGCAGGUAUUAUACUCCAUAUCGGGAUCGAGAUGUUGGGAGGCACCAUCUGCGCAUCAGUAUCACAUCCAAACGGAUGAAGGUCCAGAACGAUACUUCCGCUACCAGACGGACAGCGGUCAGUAUCGUAAAGAAAAGAGGCUAGAAGAUGGAACCGUCGUGGGCACUUACGCAUGGAUCGACGGCGAUGGAAUGCUCCGGCAACGUGACUACAUCGCCGAUAAUGCCGGAUAUCGAAUACUCAAAUCGAAAAACGUCUACGUAGGAAGGAACAUUAACGUGGGGGAUGCUGUUAAAGCCGCCAAGAAACUGCCUUCUGCCGGCGGUAGUCUAGUCAAGAAUUAUCACCAAAGACGUCCUGUUGUUUAUAGCAGCGGCCGAGUACCGCCAAGCUCGACGUACGGCCCAAUCGUGAGUUCUACACCAAAAACGUAUGUCGAUAUCACAUCAAACAGCAUAUUGUCCGGUCCCUUAGUGACCAGCACGGAGGCUCCAGUCGUCGAGAUCACGCCACAUUCCUAUAUCAAUCCUACGAGCACAUAUCUACCACCUACCCAUACCUAUUCAUCCCCAUCAAGUAGUUAUCUACCUCCAGUGAACUUCACCAGGGAGUAUCUUCCUCCUGAUGAACCUCCUAGGGUGUAUCUUCCUUCAACUACUGAAGCCCCUAGAGUUAGGUACACCUCCACCACUACGUCAACUUAUCUACCACCUGUGACUGAGCCACCCAGAGUAUAUCUACCUUCUACCACUGAAUCACCGAGAGUAUACCUGCCCCCAGUUACGGAGCCCCCUAGAGUCUAUCUCCCAUCUACGACUGAGUCGCCGAAAGUAUACUUACCCCCAGUGACUGAGCCCCCAAGAGUUUACCUACCUUCCACCACUGAGGUACCACAUGUAUACCUGCCUCCGGUCACAGAACCUCCUAGGGUCUACCUUCCUUCUACUACGGAGGCUCCAAAAAUAUAUUUACCUCCAGUAACGGAACCUCCAAGGAUCUACCUUCCCUCAACAACCGAAGCUCCUCGUAUCUACCUUCCCCCGAACACUGAAUCACCUACUUAUCUACCUCCUGCCAGGACCUAUCUUCCAUCCAGUACACAGUCUCCAAAAUACCUGUCAUCAGAUCAGUACGACCUAGAACCAAUUUCUGGAGAAGAAGCUGACCAGAACUCCGUGGAGUAUAAUCCCUACGUCCGGCAAGUGGAUAACAGCUACAGAUUCCAGAAUGGCCCUACAUACCCGAUAGACCGGAAUGGUCGCCCAUAUGACGGUCAAACUCAGGACAGCUCGCAUGACCCCCAGUACGCCAGGUACGAUGGAGUUUCAGUCACCAACGAUGGCUUCAGGUAUUACAUCCCAAGAGCGUACCACGAAGAAGAAACGUUGCCUGGUGACAAGAGGUCAGGUAGUUUCGGAUACAUUGAUCCGUUUGGUAUCAGGAGAGUGAUCUACUACAACACGGCCCCUGGGGAAGGAUUCAAGCAUAGGAAAAAUAACAGAUAUGUUGGGUUCGAUGCGACGCCUUAUGAUCCUAGACCUGUUUGAUUGUAGGAAAUGCUAUUCACGCAGUGGUCAAUUGCAAAGCGCAGUAUCCGAUUAAUGUGCCAUUAGUAACCGUAGAGAAUCCUUAUUGCCAUUUUUAUAUAAUAUUAAGCGGAACAAGUACCAAACCUUCAACAAACCAAACAUUUCGACUGCCUUUGGAUCAUACGUCAACUACAUAUAGGAAACAUGGUUCUUCUCAAUACAUUACAACUAAAAAUGCUUAGGACGCCUUUCUAAAAACGGUUUCAGAGCUAUAAUUUAUUAUAUAUAAUUAUUUCCUACAUCAAUAUAGGUCCUGUUGUCUAUAGCAGUUAGGCCGUGUAGGUGACAUUGUCAAACCUAUCCUGUCAGCGACUAAGCACGUUAAAAUUAUGUCUCAAGUAGAAGAACACUACACAGUAAACAUUUAAUUUGUGAGCCAAUCUGCUACAUAGGCGAGCAGGUACCAACUUUGUAAACACAAUCAAAACAUGCAGUUUAAGGGUCAAACAAAAUUUCAUUUUAUUGUUCUCACCAAAAAAAAACCAGACUCAUGUAUGCUAUUGUGACACUCCAGCUGAUAUUCUGAUUGUAUCCUAAAAAAUAUAACAAAUAACGUAAUUAUUAAUCUGGCUUCACCUAUUUAUGAAUUGCAUUCUUAGUACGCUUUUUUUUAAGUAAAGGUGUUAUCCGCACUGACUUGUCGCAACAUCAAAACACGCCCAAUCCCUUUGUAGUCACGUUGCCAUCGAAGUGCUCUUGGUGAGAAUAGCGUUUCAGACUCCAAAAUUAAUUUGUUGUAUCAGUUUGAAAACUGGCGCACCUAAGUUAACUCCCGACUCAUUUAUUCCUUUUUGUUGGUACCCCCUUCCUUGUUGCUUCUUUCUUCCUUGUUUCAUUUAUUAUUUUCUCUCUCUUAUCUCGUUUCUGGUCAACCAGUGAAGAACACAGGAUCUACGGAUCCCACUCAGGAGGUCAAUUCUUGAAGACGAGAGAUUAGAAUGAUCAAAAGGUGACAGUGGUUCUGACAGGCAGAUUUGUCAGCUGUCUAUCGCAUAUGUUUGUGAAUGGACCCAUUUUCGGCGAAAUAGAAGGUUCCUGGGCUGAUCAUAUCUCCAAACCUUUCAUCGCAAAAUUAGCUUCAUCUUUCGAGACGAGACAAUGACUGCAAAGUGUCUAGCAUCGAUAGAAAAACUCGGGAGGUGGCGUUUCUAUCAUAGAAGUUUUAAACGGUACUGUUCCUCGAAGGGUAAUACAGCCACCUAUUCAUGAAUUGUCCUCCUGACGUGGACCAGAAGCAGUACAUUAUUAUGAAAGUUAGUGGUCAUCGAAAAAUCUCAAUGACAAGGCUUCGUUGAAAAAAAUUAAAAAUAUUCAACAAAACUAAGCAAAUGGUUAAGCACUCUGGAUGUCACAGUUGCUCGCUAUCGGUCGAAUUAGAAUCUGAUACCCUCAGAUUAUUAUCAUGUAGAGCUUUCUCUCGAAAAUUGGCAAAGUACUUGCUGUACUCAUAAAAUGUCAAGUUAAAUUUUUAUGUCUAUCUGCAAUUGACCACUGCGCAGUAUGUAUUCCAGAAAACUUCUUCUCUUGCCAAAAUUGUUGCGGUACUCAACAAGAUGUUAUUAAUGGGAUCAUGUAAGUUGAGAUCUUGUAUACGUGCGAUAUCAGUAUUUGUUUUACAUCUAGUAAAAAUUUUGCAGUAAUAAGGAGUAUUUGUUUUUAUGAAAGUGACUGCUCCGAAUACACUGUUACUUUAAUUGUCUAACAGGUAUGUACUGGUAUUCAAGCUGUAUACGCGAAAAUGGUGGUUAGAUGCAAAGGGAUUAGUGUAUUGCAGCUAUAGAAAAUUCGAUUCACUUAAUAGGUUCUUUUAUUUUUUUACCAUUCGAACGAAAUUGUGAUCUAACCUUAACUAAUUUAUUCUAGUAUAGUCGUUAAUGCCUUAAUUUAUUGUGAAAUUAGUGCCAUUGGAAGUAGGUCCUGUGAAUCAUAGUUUAUUAUUUUUUAUUACUGUAUUCCUUAUAAACUCUAGUUCAAGGACCUCGCAUGGAACUAUACAACUGUGUAAAUAGACUUUUCUUAAUAAUAGAAAUGUGAUUUUCUUAACUGGGAGUAUACUAAAUUAUCGUUAGGAGAUUAAAUAAAAAUAUGUAUUUUUAUAAAGAAAGGGAAAUA